AUGCUCAGGACUACACCGAGGGAGGCACUGGAGCCGGAGGAGUGGAGGGCUUGGAGUGAGUCACUACUGGGAGCGGCCAUAGCAGCAGCCAAGCUUCGCAUCCCUACCGCUGAACUAGAACAGAGCCUCCUUUGGAGGCAGGCGACGCUGCCCGUCCGUUUGGGGGGCCUCAGCAUCAUCGAUCCUACCUCGGAGGCCCCAGCGGCAUAUAUAGCGUCGGUGACGGCAGCACAGCAGCUCCUAAGGCAGAUGAGCCUGCCCGAGAUUCACCAACAGAGUAGGGCAGCAGCGAGGCUAUCCCACACCUGGACCCCACUGCCGCCAGCUGUGAAUAGGUUAGCCUCUCUUGAAGAAGGCCUUCCAGCCGAGGCUAAGGUGGCGCUUCAUGCCUUCAGGGAGGGCCCGCCUGGACAGGACAACCUGCAGCUACUGCUAUCAAAGCACAUCAACGAGCGACGGGCAGCGGAGCUGCUAGCUGACACCGUCAUUGAUAGGCCGGGCGCAGAUUGUGGGCAUGGGGUGCGGCUGGUGAGCCUGAAGGGCACGGGGGCAGGGGACUGGUUGCACGUGAUACAAACGAGGGCUGACCUUACAUUAUCCCCUGGUCAGUUCUCAAUGGCACUCGGCUUCCGCCUCGGCCUCGCCCUACCAGUCACGGUGAAAUGCCCCUGCAAUCGAGAGAACGGGGACAUUGACGACACCAGCCUGCCGAACCACCUGCUGCGCUGUGGGGAAGGUGGGGAUGUGGUUAGAACACACAACAGCCUGGUUUAUGCGGCACUAAGGAUGGCGAGGGAGGCAGGCUUCAACACCUUCCAUGAGACCUCGGCUUUCUCCCCACCCGCCGUCCGCAAGAGGGCGGACCUUGCAUUCCAGGAUAGAGUCUCGGCAGAGACGUGGGCUACUGACGUGACAGUGACCGACCCGGUACUACAGAGGAGAGACACCAGAGCAGGGAAGCCGCCGGGGUGGGCAGCCAAGGAGGCCUCAGAGAAGAAACACAGGCUGUAUGAGGGACGGCCGGACUACGUGGGGUUUUUUGGGCUAGCAGUCGAGACGUAUGGGGCGCUGGCCGCGGACACGGUGCAGUUCUUGCGGCUCCUGGCAACGGCAGCAGCUAAGAAGAAGUUCCGCCAGGCCCCCCUCACCACAACCGCCAGCCGUCUCACUGCCCACUACAGGCAGCGAUGGUCAGUUAUGCUGCAGCGCUCCCAAGCAAUAUCCUUCCUGAACAAGUCGAAUAUGGCAGCAGAGGCGGCCUACCCCCAGGCCCCAACGGACCCCUGGGAGCCGAGCCUAGGGGACUUGUGGCAGAUGCUGGACGAUGGCCUAGGAGGAAUGUAG